AUGAACAUCGCACCCUCCUCGUCCAAGGACGAUAGCGAUCAAGCCUUUUGGAAUCAAGCUUUUUUCGAUAGCUCAUUCCCACCCACAACCUCCCAUCUCGGCUCGAAUCCUACUGCGACUUACAACCCCAACCCGCCGGCUCAAGACGAUCUAUUCGAACUGUGGUGCUGUUCGGACGAGCUUUGUCUACCGUUUGCCGAUCAGAACGGGAAAAUAUGCAACCUCUCCAACUGUCCAUCCACCUCAUCGACCUGUUUCGAUAGCCAUCCUCCACCACCAACUCACUUACAACCAGUCCAGCAACGAGUGAAUCCAUCAUGCACUCCAAAUCUCAGCUGCUCUCAGAAUACUUGCUAUUCUGGAGCCGUCUGCCAGCAAGACCCCUUGGAUUGUGAUUGCUGUCGAGCUGGCUGUCCUCCCUCCCCGAUCUCUCUCCAACCAUGCAUAGAGUGCGAUCAGCCUGCUCAAAGCUUGCUACUCCGGCCUUCUCCCAGUAUCACUUCUACGAACACCAACCAAUCAGGCUCCAGGUUACUCUCACCAUCAUUAGCCUCAAGUGUCUCCCGUCACGAUCUUGAUGAUUUUCCUGCCUCUCAAGUCGGUAACGGCGAUGCACUCGAAGAAGAUAUACUCUGGAGUAAUAAAGAUCUGGAAGAACUCAUUAGAUGUUGCUGCUGUGAUGAGCCCACACAGGGCCAAAUUUUACCCAGCCAUCAUGCUCAUGCUCAUCCCAGCCAUCAUGUCAACUUUGAUAUGUUCGACAGACCUUCGAUCACCUUGCCAUACAAAUCUAACAGAGAAAGUACCGAACCAGACUCUGUAAUUCCAUCCAUAGCCUCAAUCAACGUCCCUUGCAACCAGCAUACGAUCAUCACUUUUAAAUGUCAAUGGAAAGAUUGCAAUCUCGAAUUCAGCGAUAGGUUCAGGCUGACCGAACAUGUCAAUGUCUGCCACCUUUUCCAGCCCUCACCGGCACCUGAUCCAGCUUCUCAACCAGAAUCCCGGCAGACUCAUCCUUCUUCUCGGAUCGAUAAUCAACGCAUCACUCCAUCCGACAUCAUUGCAUCACAGUCGGAACAACCACCACCGAUGUCAACCGAUUCUUUAAAACGCCGUCCCGAUGGCUUGUUUAUGAAUUGUGGGCUAUCCUCAGCCAGCAAUCCACCAUUCAAUCACUGCUCGACCGACUGUUCAAACACUGCCCCACAUGACUCCACCGAGACCUCACCCCUUGGCAAUUAUCAGUCCUGUUUUGAUUUAUCCAACCACUCGAAGGAUCAACUUGCCCAACCCGACUGCUCAGCUAUCCGGGGUAGUCGUAAUGAUAAUCACACUCGAUCUGUUCAAGAUUCUUUCAUCAGCCCUAUAAGUCCCUCCACGGCCUCCUCCGUUGAUCCACUCCUCAGAUCUCAACCUGGUCAGAAUUUGUCAACGACUAAAACGCCAGUCCUUCAAAGCGACGUUCCCUGCCAGCACGUGUGUCGCUGGGGCUCAUGUACCGCCAGGCUUUUUGCGAACACGGCAGAGUUGACGGAGCAUAUAUCGACCGAUCAUGUGGGGUCGGGAAAAUCAAACUAUACUUGUCUCUGGGAGGGUUGUUACUGUAUCACGAAGCUGAAACUUUCUGAGGCCUCUAAUCAUAAACAAGAAGACGACGCUGCGAGGACCGCAGCAAACGACUCCGACAAUUCUAGAAAGACAUUCAAUCAAAGACAGAAAUUGAUGAGACAUCUUCAAACUCACACUGGUGAUAAACCAUUCGAAUGCGAAAACUGUGGAAAAAAGUUCGGUGAAAUGACGACUUUGGUUCAACAUCGUCGAACGCACACGAACGAAAAGCCGUACAAAUGCUCCGUUGAAGGAUGUCAGAAAUCUUUCGCAUUGCAAUCUGCAUUGACAAUCCACAAACGAACACACACGGGCUUGAAGCCGUUCAAGUGUUCAGUCAAGGGAUGUUCAGCCCAGUUCUCGGAAUCAUCUAAUCUCUCGAAACACAUGAGGACCCACUCGCUGGUCAAGAAAUUUGAAUGUACAAUUUGUGGGAGACGGUUUACCCGCUCCGACCAACUCACUCGACAUCUCAAAUCCGAAUCCAUCCAUCUGCACUUGAACAACACCUCCGUCGACCACAACCACAAUCAUGAUGAUGUGGAAGAGGAGGACGAGGACGACCCCGAUGUCGGUCUUGAUUCCCAGGGUGGCGACGUCGAUUGCUCCUCCACCCUCCACCAAGCACGUCCUUCAUCCCGGCCCCAGAUCUCCGCGUCUGCCCAGGAAAAACGACGAGGUGCAGCCCAUCCACUUGGGCACCAGCCUAAGCGCACAAAGAAAUCAAAACCAGCUAUUAAGUAG